GUGUGGGGCUGAACCUUCAGGAAGGUAAGCUGCUUGAUCGGUGUAUGCUCUCGAAGAUUUAGACGACUUCAAACGGCAAACAGACUGCCAAGAUGUCGAAUGCCAAGGAGAAGCAAUUAGGUUUACAUAAAGUGAUUAUGGUGGGAAGCGGUGGGGUUGGUAAAUCAGCCCUGACUUUACAGUUUAUGUAUGACGAGUUUGUAGAAGACUACGAACCUACAAAAGCCGAUAGUUAUCGUAAGAAGGUUGUUCUAGACGGUGAAGAGUGCCAGAUCGAUAUUUUGGACACAGCUGGGCAAGAAGAUUACGCCGCGAUACGCGACAAUUAUUUCCGAAGCGGCGAGGGAUUUCUGUGCGUGUUCUCAAUCACUGAACCGGAAUCUUUUGAAGCAACAUCGGAAUUCAGAGAGCAGAUCCUUCGAGUGAAGGGUGACGAUGAAAAUAUCCCUUUCUUGUUGGUAGGAAACAAGGCUGAUUUAGAAGACAAACGGCAGGUUACAGCCGAUGAAGCUCAAGGAAAAGCAAAGGAAUGGAACGUAGCAUGUGUCGAAACGUCAGCUAAAACGAAAGCGAACGUUGACAAAGUCUUCUUUGAUCUCAUGAGGGAAAUUAAAUUACGAAAAGAAGAUGGCUUAAAACCGGUCAAGCAAAAACCGGGAAAGAAGAAAAAGAAGUGUGUGAUCUUGUAAAUUUGUACGAAUUUGUGUUCGAAUUUUGUAAAACUUAGUCCCGCCCUUAUUACCUGUAUGAUUAAAUUGUUGCGGAAAUUCUUUUUUGACUACGUGAAAGUGAUUUACCAUUUUGAACUAGUCAAGUAUAUGAGCAGAUUUCGAGCAUGGCCAGAGAACUUUUAGUUUUCGGUAUUAUAUUGAAAACGUUAAACCCUGUAAAUUUAACUAGAUUUACUUGGGAAAAAAUCCUUAUAUUCACAAGUGAUAAAGAUCUGAUUUCUACCUUGACUGUCUUGACAGAUCAUUAAAUUCUCAGAUUUAACCUUUACAAAAUGUGUUGGAGUCACUAAGGAGAAAUUGGAUAUUGUGCUAAGGAGUGCAAGGUAAUUCCUGGUGUAUUGAAAGUGUUUAUAAAUAACAGUCAGACAUUGUAAAUAUUAAUCAGUGGACUUGAAUUUCAAAGGUUAUUGCCCUAUAUUUUGCUCAUGGAGUGUUAUUUCUGUGAGGGCAUGUAGUUAUUGAACUUGUGACAUUUUAGUUUUUUAACGUCAGUGAGAUUGACCACUUGCAUUCGGCUAACGUCCUGUUGAAAUAAACCAAUAUUACAAUCACAA